UCUCGCCAUGAAGUUGAUCCGGGGCACAACUCUGUUGGGCGUCGGCAUUUUACUCGCCGUGUGCGGGGCGUUCAGCCUGCCGUCCGCUUUCGACGUCCUGACCAAGGAACAGCGGACCACAUCCCUCGUUUCAGCCAGCAUAGCGGAGGAGAUAAGCCGUGAGUACCUGAAGUACCACCGAACGGGCAUCGAGACGGAGCGGCUACAGCAGCUGGGAAAGGACAUCCGGAGUAGCCACAGCAAGAAGGCCAUUUUCACGGAAUCCAUGGCCGAUCUGACCGCCGCGGACCAGUUCUUCGCCUGCACCCUGUGCAGAUCCACCGUCAACGUGUUUGCUCGAACUUUCACCGAGGGCGAGCUGAGUGGUCCGGAGAGGCAGGAGGAGGCGAAGAAACUGGCGCUGGGCAUGUGCGACUACUUUGCCCUCAGCACCCAGGAGGUGUGCUCUGGACUGUUCGACCUCAACUGGCCCAUUUUCGACUUCAUUCUGAACGAAACUGUGGCCAAGUCGAACACCUUUUGCAGCAUGCUGCCCAUUCCGAUUUGUCAGGCGCAGCAGGACGAAUACAAUCUCACCUUGACCAUCCAGGGCGACUUGCCCAGGGAAUCGAACUCGAACUUGCACGCCAAGACCUCUGAGGACAUUCUCGUCCUGCACCUGACCGACAUCCACUACGAUCCCGAAUACGCCGAGGGCAGCAAUGCAGCUUGCGAUGAGCCCAUGUGCUGUCGAAAUCCCUUGGCCGUAGGAUCUGAUUCCUCGGCAGCCGCUGGCUUUUGGUCCGAUUACCGUGAUUGUGACUGCCCCAAGCGCCUCAUCCUGAGUGCUUUCGAGCACAUCAGGGACAACCACAAGAUCGAGUGGAUAUAUCACACUGGGGACGUGCCGCCCCACAAUGUCUGGUCCACCACCAAACAGGGUAACCUCGACAUGCUGUCCGAAAUCGACGAACUGCUGGCCAAGUACUUCCCGACCACGCCCAUCUACCCUUGUCUGGGAAACCACGAGCCCCAUCCGGCAAAUAUCUUCGGCAACGACGAGGUACCCAGCGCCCUGAAGGUCGACUGGCUCUAUGAGCACGUGUGGAGCUUGUGGUCCAAGUGGCUGCCCGCCGAGGCGGAGAAGACCGUUUUGCGAGGAGGAUACUACACCGCAUCGCCGAGCAAAGGGCACAGGAUUGUGGCGCUGAACAGCAUGGACUGCUACCUGUUCAACUGGUGGCUGUACUAUAAUGCCACAUUGAUUCAGGAGCAGCUGCAGUGGUUCCACGAUACGCUGUUGUCGGCGGAGGAGGCGGGCGAAUCGGUCCACGUCCUGAGCCACAUUCCCGCUGGAGAUGGCGACUGCUGGAGCAGCUGGGCUCGGGAGUACAACAGGGUUCUCACCCGCUUCAAUGGCAUCAUCACUGGCGUCUUCAGUGGUCACACCCACAAGGACGAGAUGAAUCUGCAUUACUCCGAGAACGGCUAUGCCACGGUGGUCAACUGGAAUGGCGGCAGUCUGACCACCUACUCGAACAAGAAUCCCAACUACCGGCUGUACGAGCUCCACCCUGAGGACUGGCAGGUUCUGGACCACCACACCUACACAUUCAACCUGACGGAGGCCAACCUCACGCCCAGCGAGCAGCCCAAGUGGGCGCUGGAGUACCAGUUCACCAGCGAGUACACCAAGGACACCAGUCCCGCGGGCAUCGAUCGCCUGCUGGUGGAAAUGGCCGAGCAGCCCGACUUGCUCAGGAAGUUCUGGAGGUACAAGUUCACCAACUCUGAUCCCAAGCUGGCCGAGGGCUGUGAUAGCGCCUGUCUGAGCCAGACGAUUUGCAGGAUGGCCACCAGUAAUUACCAGGAGCGCACGCGCUGCAGGGAACUUCAGGCCAUUCUGGCCGAGAGCUUGGAGAAGGAGCCGGAUGCGGAUGACGGCAACGGAGGUGGUGCUGCUGGACUAUCCGCGUUCAGCUUGGCCUCCUUGCUGGCGCUUUUGGCCGCAUCCAAGCUGCUUGGAUAAGCCUUAUCAGUGGCCCCGUCUAUUCUUAACGCCUGGUUAAGAUUAUCGACCGCGAUAAUCGAGGGGCAUAAAAGGCGCGAAGCCCUUGGAGAUUAUUGAAUACCCAGUAAUAAACACACACGCUGCUUGUA